AGCGAGACGACCGCUACAGCAUCUGUACUCGCCCAGAAGCACCGCACACCGCAAAGGUCGGCGCUCGACAGCACCCUCGACCGCGCCCGGCCUCGCACCGCCUCAUCGGUCCAGCCAUCCCCCGGCGACUUCUCGCUCUCGGCAACGACGAUGCAGAACCAGACGGACCUGUACCAGCCUCGAACAUACAGUGCGGGCGACUUUGUCAUUGGCCUCUUCAUCACUCUCGGAGCGUCCCUCUUCAAUGCGCUCGGGCUCAACAUCACCAAGCUCGACUACGCCCGUUCGCUCGCCGUCCCUGCCGCUCAACGACGACCCGACUACCUGCGGCCCUUCUGGCUUCUCGGCAAUACACUCUACAUAGCCUCUCAAGUCAUCGGCUCGACCCUCGCGCUCGAGUUCCUGAGGGCCGAGUACGUCGCGCCGCUCGGCUCGUCAAGCCUCAUCUUUAACGUCCUGUUCGCGUUCCUCCUGGCCGGCAUCCCGAUCACGGCCCUCGACGUCGCGGGCACGGCCGUCAUCAUCGUCGGCGUCGUCUGCGUCGUCGUCUUUUCGAACCAGAAGAUCCGUACCGACCGCAUCGACGCCGAGGCCAACCUGUCGCUGUCGCUCCUCAAGGAGCUGUGGGGCCGAGGCGGCUGGAUCGCCUUCUUCGUCAUGCUCGAGGUCGUCACGGUCCUUCUCUGGUGGACGAGCGGCAUCGUGCACGAGGUAUGCAUGGCGCGCGUCACCGACGAGCGUGGCGAGGACCGCAGCGGGCUCGACGCCAUGAUGGACGGCGGCGGCGGACGGCGCAUCGUCAACCCGUACGACGGCGAGGGCUUCGUCGGCAAGGUCAAGUCGGCGCGCGACGCGUGGCGCCGGCGCCAGGGCCAGGUGCGCAAGGUCGUCAAGGGUCACGUCGAGCAAUGGAGCGCGAGCCGGCCCGACACGAGCAUCCGGCGCCUCGCCGCCUUCCUGUGGGCCGUCUCGGGCGGUCUCCUGUCGGGCCAGACGCUCGUCCUCGCCAAGUCGGGCGUCAAACUCGUCACGAGCGCCAUCAACCACACGGACCCGAACGAGGCCAACCAGUUCACGAGCCCGCUCACGUGGUUCAUCGUCAUCCUCCUCGUCGUGUGCGCGGUCGCCCAAGUCGUCGCGCUCAACCUCGCGCUCAAGUCGGGCGACUCGACGCUCGUCGUCCCCCUCUUCUUCAGCGCAUACACGAUCUCGGGUUUCGUCAUCUCGCUCGUCUACCUCGACCAAACCAACUCGUACCGCACGCCGAUAUUCGUCUGCAUCUGGCUCUCGAUCGUCGUCCUCAUCGCCGGCGUCGUCAUGCUGUCGCUCAAGAAGCCGCCCCCAGCACCGCGACAGCGCUCGGGCUCGUCCGCGUCGGCUAUGCCCAACCCGUUCGACGACCCGUCCUCGGCCGGCCCGGGCGAGUACGAGCUCGACUCGCCGACCAAGCCGGGCUUUGCGCGUGCGACGACCGCCGCCAGCUCGGUUGAUCUCGAGGCGGGCAAGCACGGCGGCGUCGGCGACGACGGCGAGGCCGGGCAGCCGCUGCGCAAGGGCCAAGGGUGGCUCUCGCGCCUUUUUGGCGGGCUUCCGAGCAAGCCCGUCGCCGCGCAAGGGGCAGGGGCAUCAGGCGGCGGGGCCGCAGCGCCUCGAGCAGGGCGGCCGGCGAGGCGGCGCAACACGGGCGGGAGCCAGCGCGGCGCCGACGACGGCGACUCGGUGCUCGCGAGCGAGCGGGCGAGUCAGCGCGACGCCGAGGAGCUCGAGCUGGACGAGGUGGACGGGCUGGGGGACUAUGCGUCGAGCAGCAAGGGGCGCGAGGUCGACGAGGAGGACGACUUUGGCGACUUUGAGAAGGCGACUGGGGCGGUGCGGGUCGAGGAGGCGCCUCACACUGGGCGAGGGAGCUCGUAGCGAAUCUGCAAGAUGUGCAUGCUGUC